AUCCAAUUUCAAACUCAACUUUUCAACCAAGUAAUAACAUGAUGAUGAAACUAUUUAAAUCCUCCUCAACAAUCUUCAAACCUCCAUUCAAAUCCAAAACCCCUAAAAACCCUAGAAAUCAAAAAUAUGCCAGAAAACUCAUCACGUCAAUCUCUGAUUCCAAAUUAUCUAUACUCAACAUUUACAAAGAAUUCGAUUGAUUUGGAAAAGUAUUCGAAUGGAAAUCCAACUUUCCCUUAUUCAUCAACAGCAGCAGCAACAGUGCCUUAUUCUGUUGUUGCUGCUUCGCCAAAUGAACCUGGAAGAAAGAUAAAGAUGUAUUCACCAUCUUACUACGCAGCAUGCACUGUUGGUGGAAGUCUUUGUUGUGGAAUUACUCAUAUGGCUGUUACUCCUCUAGAUCUUGUCAAAUGUAAUAUGCAGAUUGAUCCUGCAAAAUACAAGAGCAUCUCGUCCGGUUUUGGGGUUCUACAUAAAGAACAAGGAGUUAGAGGUUUCUUCAGGGGUUGGGUGCCUACCCUGCUUGGUUACAGUGCGCAGGGUGCCUGCAAGUAUGGGUUUUAUGAAUUCUUCAAGAAGUACUACUCUGACCUUGCUGGGCCAGAGAACGCAGUCAAAUACAAGACUCUUAUCUACCUAGCUGGUUCUGCAUCCGCUGAGAUCAUUGCCGAUGUUGCUUUGUGUCCCAUGGAGGCUGUGAAAGUACGAGUCCAAACUCAGCCUGGGUUUGCAAGGGGAUUGUCAGAUGGACUUCCGAAGAUCAUCAGGGCUGAAGGCUAUGGCGGGUUAUACAAGGGUCUUGUUCCUCUCUGGGGUCGACAGAUUCCAUACACUAUGAUGAAGUUCACAUCAUUUGAGACCAUAGUGGAGAACAUUUACAAGCACGUUACCCCCAAGCCCAAGGAUGAAUGCAGUAAAUCCAUGCAAUUGGGUGUCAGCAUUGGUGGUGGAUACAUUGCUGGUGUCUUAUGUGCUAUUGUUUCUCAUCCUGCUGAUAAUCUUGUUUCGUUCCUCAACAAUGCAAAGGAUGCCACUGUUGCAGAUGCUGUGAGGAAGAUGGGUGUCGUGGGUCUAUUUACUCGUGGCCUUCCAUUGCGCAUUGUUAUGAUUGGAACCCUUAGUGCAGCACAAUGGGGUAUCUACGAUGCUUUUAAAGUGUUUGUGGGGCUGCCGUCAACUGGAGGAGUUCCUUCCCUACCCACGCCUUCCCCUGAAUUCGUGGAGGUUUAAGAUGUGGGAUGAAACUCAGUGCAAUCGUAAGUGGUAAGCUGAUAUGUACAUUCAUGAUAUAAAAACCACGUAAAAUUCACAGAAAAAAAAUUGGGGGACCCUAUUAAGUUGUAUACUUUGUUAUAGAACUAAACCCAUUCUUUAUCAGAUUCUCCCCCAAUUGAUAAUAUCCUGCUACAUGUAAUAAACUCUAUUCUGCUAUGUGUUCCGAAGUGUUAAUUAAACUUUUAUAAGUAUUUAAUCGAUAAUACAAAAGCUGUUUUCACUGAAA